AUAUUUUUAUUGAUCAUCAUGCCGGUGUAAAAAGGAAAUAUAACUCAGAACAACAGUCCUAUUCCGAGACGGAGUCUUUAAAAUGGCAGGCGAGGAGGAGAGGGGGGUGGUUCGUGUCAAAGUCAAGAAAUGUGAUGGGAUGCUUCCUGUGGAGUUUCGCUCGUUUGCCGUUGAUCCUCAGAUAACAUCACUGGAGGUCCUACAGCACAUACUUAUCAGAGCCUUUGAAUUGAAUGGGAAGCGGAAUUUCGGGAUCAGUUACCUGUCUCGAGAUCGAAGUGGUGCUGAACUUUAUCAGUCUCUGGUGUCUGACUGGGAUUUGGAUGUUGCAUUUGUGAGUGCAGCCAAACCCUAUCUACAGCUCAAGAUGGACAUAAAACCUCCAGAAGACAGUCCUGUUAUGGAGGACUGGGACAUCAUAAGCCCCAAAGAUGUGAUUGGCUCUGAGCAGCUUCUCGCAGAGAAGACUAGGUCGUUGGCAUCUGCAGCUCUUCCCUUCACCCAGUCUCUUCUGUCCCAGGUGGGCAGGACCCUAUCCAGAGUCCAGCAGGCCUUCAGCUGGUCUUAUGGUGAGGAGGUCAAGCCUUUCAAGCCCCCUCUAAGUGAUGCUGAGUUUCACAAUUACCUCAAUGGACAGGGCCAGUUGACACGACCUGAGGAACUCAGACUGCGGAUCUACCAUGGUGGUGUGGAGCCCUCAUUGCGCAAGGUUGUUUGGAGAUACCUCCUGAAUGUCUACCCUGAUGGGCUGAGUGGACAGGAAAGAAUGGACUACAUGAAGAGGAAGACGAGAGAGUAUGACCAGCUGAAGAGAGAAUGGACAUCACGGGUCAGCCUUGAGGACCUUGAAUUUAUACGGGGGAAUGUUCUGAAAGACGUCCUGAGGACGGACCGGGCUCAUCCAUACUAUUCAGGCUCAGAAGACAGUCCUCAUCUGACUGCCCUCACAGAUCUGCUCACCACAUUUGCCAUCACACAUCCACAGAUAUCAUACUGUCAAGGCAUGAGUGAUAUUGCCUCUCCUAUCCUUGCAGUAAUGGACAAUGAGGCGCAUGCCUUCAUUUGCUUUUGUGGCAUUAUGAAACGAUUGGAGGGGAACUUCAGGCCAGAUGGGCAGCUCAUGUCUAUUAAGUUCCAGCAUCUAAAGUUGCUACUGCAAUACUCAGAUCCUGAAUUUUACUCUUAUCUGGUGUCCCGAGGAGCUGAUGACCUCUUCUUCUGUUAUCGCUGGCUGCUUCUGGAGCUCAAGCGAGAGUUUGUGUUUGAUGAUGCUUUGAGAAUGCUCGAGGUUACUUGGAGCUCCCUGCCCCCGGAUCCUCCUGAAACCGAAGUGGAGCUUCUGGGUCCAUCCCUGGAGACUGAUGAAACACCGUCUUGCAGAGACAAGGACAAGACAGUUGAUAAUUGCCUUAGAGAUGAUAAGGAACAAAAAGAGAAGCAGCGUAGACGACAUAUGCUCAGGCCUUCAAGAGAAGAAUCAGAUUGGAGCAGGAAUGCUAUCAUAGAAAAAAAAGAUGCAGGCUCUGGAAAGGGAAGCGAGGGCAUCGAAAGUGACAUUCCUCAAGUGACCGUGGAAAAGGCAGAUUUACUGGUUCCUCCUUUUGAGAGACAAACUAGUUUUGGAGAGUUUAAAUACUAUACUGCUCAAAAUAAAGAUAGCUUUGAUAUAGAGGACACUGGGCAGCCACAGGGUUUGGUGGGUUCCAAGUCAGUAACAAGCACUCCGAGGCGCCAGUCUACAGUUGACAGCGAGGAGGACCCAGGAGAGGGAACACCUCUCAUAAAAAACUGUGACAAUGGUUUCACUCCGAUGUUAUCACCUCCUCUCUUUUCUAGUGGGCUACUAGUCUGGAAAACUGCCCCCUCUGUCUCUCCCACAUCUUCAUCUUCACCCUCCAGCUGGCCAGGUGCUUCUCCAGACUCUCCUUCAAAAUCCCCACCCCCCUCCACAACCAAUGGAAGUGGGGCCAAUGGAAGUGUCCCAAAAGUAUUGACCUCCUCUGCCCAAGUGCUCAGCAGUACAGUACAGUCGCCCACGACCCCCACUGUAAAAACAUCUGUUGUGUCUCCCUCCCACACUCAGAAUCGAUCCAUACUGUCUUCACCCAUUUUGUCCUUGGGAAGAGGCACCUUGCUGUCUGCUAGCAGGUCAUCCUCCAACAAUCUCCCUUCACCUAGCAACAAAUCCCCCAGCACCACAGCUAACACGCCCAGUUCUUCAAAAGCUGAGACCAAACCAUGUUCCCUGCCACCUCCUCAGGAGUUCGGCAAAGGCAAUCCCUUCAUGCUGUUCCUGUGCCUGUCCAUCCUGCUGGAGCACCGAGACCACAUCAUCAAGAACAGCUUGGAUUACAACGAGCUCGCCAUGCACUUUGAUCGCCUUGUGCGGCGCCACAACCUGAGCAGGGUGCUGCAGCGAGCCAAAGCCUUAUUUGCAGACUACUUGCAGAGUGAAGUAUGGGACUCGGAAGAAGGGGAUGAGGUUAGCUCGGACUCCCCAACAACAGCUACCGCUGGUCAACACUCUCCUUCCUCAACCAUCUCUGUCAGGCCCAUUUACAGCCCUUUAGCAUCGCCUCAGUCGUCAUCUCUGAACUCAACCUAUAACCUUGCAACCACCAUUCCCUCCCCAACAGCCCAACUUUCCAUUUCUCCCAUGUCCUGAUUCCAUCAUGCAUCAUUGCUAUCUCAUCCUCAGUGAAUUCCUCAGUAGACUGUUUGUAGCCCAUUGGAGGUGUUGGUUUUUAGACAUUCUCCCACAUUGAAUUGGGCUGUUACUAAUCUUCUCAUUCAAACUUGCUGAUGCGUUAAGUGUGUGAUUCAGGUGUUUGACGGUCAGACAGUUUGGUUGUCUUGAGUUUUGCCAGAACCAACAAAAUUUAAGCAACUUGGUGUAUUUAGCCUAUGUUGCCCCUUUAUUAACUUUGUUUACAAGCUUGUGUUAUUUCCAGUAAGCCACAAAAGUGUCUUAACUAAAGCAGUUAGACUACUUAAUAACAAGGAAUAAUCCAUGCUCUGAUUUGCUGAAAGUCAAAGUUUAAAUUGAUCUUGUUCAUAAAGUAUGUCUCAAAGGACUUUUACAGAAACAAGACUUUAUGACUCUGAUCUAAGUCAUUAGUCUGUCAUAAAGUAAACAACAACUACACUUUGUUGUGAAACAAAGCCAGCAGACAUAUUGUACUUGCCUAAUCUUCUGACUUAGACUGUCACCAUUAACCUUAAAGAGUAAAUUGACCUUAAACUUUCAUACUGUCUUGUAAAAAAAAACUACUGAGGUGCUCCCUAAAAGACAGAACACAAAAAAGUUUUAGAAAUGCAGCAGUUUCAUGCAGAUUUUACUAAACUGUGCAAGAGGGGUGGAAUGCACACGAAAAAUUCAAGCUUAUCCAGGGGUUAUGAAUCAUAACAUCAUAAACAUACAGAGAUGAGAGGCACUGCAGUGAUAUAUCUAUAAGAAUAGUCAGAGGCUUAGCUGAAUACACAGUCCAAAAACACAGUCAACAUGUAUGUUGCUGGUUACUUACAGCAAACAUCUGUAACAUCACUGGCCUUUUGGGGCAAGUAAAUACAGACUGCCCAAAUAUAGCGGUCAAAUUUGCACAAACAAUGUAAGGUAAAAAAUGUGCUUUGCCUUCUGGCUAAAUAGACUUUAAAGUCCCGAAUACACCAGCAUUUAUAACAACCCAAAUCUGUUCAUUUCAAAGGAAAAAGCAGUGGUCAGUGGAUUAGCUCACAAAGGUUUAGCCCAUUCAUGCAGAGCUUUUACAUAGACUUUGUUUUGCGUUUUCUUUUGACUUCAAUUUUGACACAGAAAUUCAUGCUGGUUACCAAUUCAGACUGUGUUGACAGUGCUGAGCUUUGGAAGAACAGAGAGCCAUGCAGUCUAAAACAGAGAAAGCUGCUAUGUCUUGCCAUCCAAUUAUGUAUAACCAUGGUCUGCUCGAGUAUAAGCUGCUCCACAAAAGAGAUACAGCAUGGUCUGCUUUCACUGGUUGCCUUGAUUUAACUGUGUUAUUUUAGGAGGAGACAGGAAUUAAUUUUGCUGUGCUAUUUUCUGGCACUAAUGCUUGAAACCUCUCAAGCAUUUUGCUCCUCUAGGGAUAUCCUAGCUUCCAGGUCCUGCACUCCAUACACUACUCAAUGAUUCAGACACAAGUGUUCCCUAUGUAGAUCUUUCCUUGUUCAGUUGUCCAGGAAUGACUUACAUUGUAAGAGGUAGUUUUGCAAUCUCACAAGUCACCAAUCGAAGCCAGUAUUUGUAGAGCAACAGGCAAGGCGAAAUUUAGCUUCUUUUUCUGUCUGAACAUGCCCUCAGGAAAUAACCCUGAUGAUCAGAGUGAUGUCAUCAGGGUUAUCUCACCUUGGGCAUGGAGACUACAAAUUUCUAACAGAAAACCCCUCAUUUCAUCUGGGCUACAGUGUUUGAAAGACAUGGGCAUUUACCGAGCAGGGAGAGUCUAACAAAGACGUCCAAUUCAGUUGCAUUCUGGAAAAUGGAGGAUCCAGUGUUUUUGCAGGUUGACUCAAUCGGUGACUUAAAGUUUCUGCUGCCUCUACUCCUUCAGUGGAGUACUCAUUUAAAACCCACAAAUUGAAGAUACAUAGCGGAAAGCUGUUUUAUAACAGUAUUGUCAGUUGGAUUUUUCCUUUUACGCUUCCAAAGUGCUACUGGAUUUGGACUUGAUGUACAGAAGUAUACCCAGAGAGAUGGGUCUAAACAGAAUAAUGUUGCAGUGGCCCAUACUUUCCACUACUUCCCAUUCAUACAAUUUACAUUAUAGGCUGUGGAUGAGCCAGUUAAUUAAUGUGUCCUCUUUAUGCUGUUAAUCUUGGUAUUUCUGCAAUCAGUAAAAUAAAACUUUCUAAAGGUUUAAUGUUGCUUAAAUGGCUUACAGCUUCUGUAAAAAACAGUGGUUACAUAAUUUUUAUUUUUACCCCAAGUGCAAGUGUAAGGUGAGGUACAUGAGACAUGUUUGACAGAGGUUUUAAGGUAUUUUCAAACUUACAGAGACUUUGGGUUAGUGCAAUGAGUAUAUAUCAGUGACAUGUUCAUAUGGAGGUUAAUAUUAGCUAAAUAGUCCUUCAGCAGUCAUAGGGAUAUGUUUUUGUUUGUUAUUACUUUUUAUUAUUUUUGUUCAUUUUGUUUGUACAACUUCAAAUGUGACUAAGCCAAUCAUAGUUGAGAACUGCUAAUAGUAGUUCUCUAAAGUCUAGCAGGUGAGGAUAUUUUCUGUGUUCAGUUAUGCGUAAAAUAAAGUCUCAAAUCUGAUCACUGGUACAAAGGUCAUCAUAAUUAAAACUGGACAAAGAAACUGUAACCAUGUUACACAUUAUGAAGAUAUGUGGAUGCAGUGCUGUAGAGAUCAGUUUGAUGUUGAUCUGCAUUGUACAAAUACCAAUCUGUUGAUACACUGUAUGUGCUGGACUCAUACAUUCAAACUACAACAAUAGCGAAGUACUGUACAUUAUUUAAUGCUGUGGUGGUUCAUUAUAUAAUUUUAGCACUUUUGUUAUUGCUGUUUCCCCAAAGACUGUCUUUUUGCUAUUUAUGUAUUAUGAUUUCAAAGAAACCAUGGAAAUAUGUGUCUAGAUUAGGCUGAUUUAAUGCACUAUUGCAGACAUUUCAUUUUGGCAGUCUUUAUACAUACUUUGUGUGGUUGCUGAUAAAAAGGUAGUAACUGAGUCCUAGCUGUAUAAUCAAUAUCUUUACCAUUCUUCAGUGUGAUAGGCGUUACAAAGGGUAAUAGGAUGUGAUACCACUUGAAAUGGCUGGUGGAAAAAAUAUUAGCAUACAUAAGAAGAAGUGCCUCACUCGUUUUGAAUCAAAAGCCUUGAUUUAUAUUUUCUUUUGUGCCCUUAUCUGUCUACAUUGUGUCAUCAUACGGGCUGAUUUGAAAGCCAGUUAUAGGUCUGAGUGAUAUUUGAAUAAAAUCAUUAUUGGACAGACAUUGGUAAUGUGUAGAACAUUCUAAUGUGAAAAAAGGGUGGGCUCUGGUUGGUGAGCUGUGGCAAACCCCUGAUCCUGUGUUUUCAAUGGGUCCAAAAAAUUGAUCAA